UAUAUACUGUGCUCGUACAUCGGUGUAUCAUUUUUAUCAAGCAGGGUUUAUUGUUUUUUCCGAACACGAUAUCAAAAUUGAUAAAAAUUACUAAUAAAUUAAGAUUCAACUAUGCGAAAAAAAUUAAACAAAUCAUUAUUUCACAUUUGCAUUUCUCGUCAUCACGCGUCUGCGCUUCUAUGCGUCUGCAAAUUUGCACAUCUGCACGUCUGCAUGUUUGUUCAUCUAUACAUCUAUGCGUCUAUGCGUCUACACGAUCCGUGAUAAAACUGUAAAUUUCAGUUUUUAUCACAUCGUGAAAAUAUCAAAUAUCUGUCAUGGAAAACAAAAGUAGUAACAAUUUUAUUAGUUAUGUGGGAUUGGAAGAACAUGAGAUGCAGAUUUUCAGUUCCAGUCGACGUAAUUCAUUAAUUGAAAAUAAUAUAAAAUUAUUGCCAGGAGAAGUUCUUAUUGCCGAGGCUCAAAGUGUCCUUAUGUUUUCACCCGUCAGUGACCUGAAACAAGGCAUAUCUGGUGUUUUGUCAGUGACCAAUUUUAAACUUACUUUUGUUACUAGUAGUGAUUCAAACGGAGAGAAUGUUAUUCAUCAACAAAACCAUUUGUAUGGAUAUAUGGAUACAUGUUUGACAAAUAUUGAUGAAAUUUAUAUAGUAGUGGGUGAUAAGAAAAGAAAGCUAGUUCCUGGUAAUACAGUGCCGUCCAAAGUGAAAGGGAUAUUUAUUAUUUGCAAAAAUCUAAGGACAUGGUUGUUUUCUUUCAAAUUUUCACCUCUUGGGCAUGGUAAGAAUCUUCUAACUGCGCUAUUGCAUCAUGCUUUCCCUAGCAGACAUCAACUGUUAUUUGCCUAUGAUUACAAAGAAGCUUAUUACAGUAGUCUUGAUAAAAAUGUACAACUAUUUCGAGAUGUCUCAGACUGGCAAAAUGAAUUAAAGAGAACGUUAUGUAGCGAUGAGAUGAGAAAAGGUUGGAGAUUAUCCAUGGUUAACGCCAAGUUUCACUUUUGUCCUAGUUUAUCACAAUAUGUAGUGGUACCUGCGUCUGUGACUGACAAUCAAUUAACAGAUGCAGCUAGACAUUUUCAAGGUAAUAGACCACCAGUAUGGUCAUGGACAAAUGAACAUGGUGCUGCAUUAGUAAAAAUGUCAGAAUUAUUACCAACGAUUACAGAGAGGAUGCAGGAAAAUAUUAUGUUUGAAAACGUUCGUAAAAGCCAUCCUCAAAAAAUACCUCCAGUUGUUAUCGAAUUGAAUAAAGAAAUUAACGUAAAGUUAAUAGCGGCAAGUUUCACUAAAUUUAUUAGUUUAUGUGCACCAGAAAACAUUCGACAAUUCUGGAUUCAAGAUAAUAAUUUUUAUUCGUUAUUAGAGAAUACAAAAUGGCUUAAAUACAUAUCGUAUUGCCUACAAAAGACUGUCGAAGUCUGCGAUCGUCUUAAUUUAGGAAUUUCUGUCAUCUUACAAGAAGGUGCUGCCAGAGACUUGUGCUGUGUUAUAUCGAGUUUAGCACAACUGUUACUGGAUCACCACUUUCGUACUAUAACAGGUUUCCAAUCGUUGUUACAAAAAGAAUGGGUCGCUGGUGGCCAUCCGUUUUGCGAUAGAUUAGGCCAUAUCGUGAAAGCUAAUUCGGAAAAGUCUCCAUUAUUUCUCUUAUAUCUUGACUGUGUUUGGCAAUUAUGUCAGCAAUAUCCAACGGAAUUUGAAUUCACGGAAACGUAUUUAACUACACUAUGGGACGCGGCACAUGUCUCUAUUUUCGAUACCUUUAUUUUCAACUGCGAGAGAGAUCGAGCAGUGGCAGCUAUGGAUCCUAACACACCUCUUGUACUGCGUAGUGUUUGGGACUGGCGAGAGCAAUUCAACGAUCAAGAUAUCUUGUUAUUUUAUAACCCUUUAUUUAUUCCCCAUAGUAGCGACAAGAAAGAAAAUAGGACAAUUAUAAAACCUUUAUACACGGUUUCUAGUCUAGAACUUUGGACGCAGUGCUACUUUCGUUGGAUACCAACUCUUGAGAUCCGUAAUGGCGGACAAAGACAUAUCGAACUUUACAUUAGAUUAUUACAAAACGACAUAAAUCAACUUCGAAUAAACGACAACUGCGUUUCACCGGUAGAUAAGGUCGGUAUUUAUUCUCUUCAAACGAAUAUCGACAGCUUUUAUCCCUUCAGUAACAACAGAACUGACGAUACCGUUAGUGCCCCAAUUAUGAAUAAUUCGAUUCUUCUAACCGAGAGUCUAUUAGAUGCGCAAUCAUUGAUAACUGCGGCCGAUUGACAGGAUGAUGUUUUUUUUUACUAUUUUUACUAUUUUUACUAUUCAUACUAUUACACGUACCUGAUUUCUUUUUUUCAUCUAGUGAUAAAAAUUCUCUUCCCAAAAUGAGGCGCAGUAAUCUUGUAAUCUUGAAGACUAUUUAUAUAGUUAUAAUGCUUGAUUAUAAUGUCUGUAUUUGCAUUCUAAAAAAAUUAUCCAAACAAAUGUUUGAAGAAAAGGAGUUUAGUUUGUGAACACAUUGUAGAUAUCUCGAUCAUCUAUAAUAUUUUUCAAUACUUGAUGUAUAAACAUCGAAGAAUACAAGUCUUAAAACGCAUGUUCGAGAAAAUUCGGCUCGCGUUGUUGAGAGCAGCUCGAAUUAUACAUCUUGUCUUUUCUCUGUAGAACGAUAAAGAUAUUUGUAUCUUGAUCGAAGCUUGAGCGAGCUUUAUAAUCACAUGUAAUGAUUAAUAGCGAGCAUAAGUGGUGAGACGUAAUUUUAAACUCGAAAGAGAAUUGAUAUCUAUACAUGAUUCGAUGAGAAUGAAAAUGUGAGAAGAAGAGAAGAAGAGAAGAAGGAGAAAAAGAAAGGAGGAAGAGAAAGAGGUGCGCCUUUGGUAUCUUCUCUACACCAUAAAAAAAAUUAAAAAAUAAAGUUCAACAUUGAAGGAAGAAUUAUUAUCUCAUAAAUUCAACGUAUCGAAUAUAAUAUAUAUUUUUUGUACAAAAAUGGUGCAUUUCAAUUAAAAAAAGACGUAACUUGUAUUUACAUACGAAUAUAAAUUUGUAUUCAUAUUUGUACAUAUGUGAGCAUAUUAAAAAGUGCAACAUUUUCUUUUGAA